UAUAAUUAUCCUAUGUACAAAUUUAUAUGUGAACAACCUUCACCCACCUAUUUUCUUUCAUUCAUUCCUCACACAUUGAUUGUAGUACAAAUAUAAAUUUCAAAAUUCCCCUCUACUCUCUCAAAUACAGAGCAAUGGAGACCAAAGCAGAGCUUGUUUUCAUUCCAUCGCCGGGAUUGGGUCACGUCGCCUCCGCUGUCGAAUUCGCCAAACUCGUUCUUGCUACAAAUGAACGACUAUGCAUUUCUCUUCUCAUCAUGAAACAUCCUGCCGAUUUUGGUGUUCAAUCUUAUCUCCAAUCACUCCCUUCUCUGUCCCGCUUGCGCUUUAUUGAUGUUUCAAUAGACCCGAAACUAGUUGUUGAACUUUUGUCUAACAAGGACAGAUUCUUAUACGAUUUCAUUGAUGGUCAUAAACAGAAGGUAACUGAAUUUGUUACUAACAACAUUACUAGUAAUAAUUCCAGCUCUUCCCAAUUUGGCUCUACUCGGCUUGCUGGCUUUGUUCUUGACAUGUUCUGCAUUUCCAUGAUUGAUGUAGCAAAUGAAUUUCGUGUUCCUAGUUACAUUUUCUUUACUUCUGCUGCUGCUUUUCUUGCAUUGUCCUUUCAUUUUGAAGCUCUGAGGAGUACCUCCAAGUUUGAUUAUUCCGAGUCUGAUGAGGAAUUGUCGAUUCUCGGAUUUAAAAAUCGGUAUCCUGCUAAAGUUUUACCUAAGCCAGCUAAGGCAAUUACACCAAGCUCGAGUUUGUACUACGAUGGGAUUUGUCGUUUCAGAGAGACGAAAGGUAUUGUUAUCAAUACCUUUGCGGAGCUUGAACCUUUUGCUCUUCAGUCAUUGUCUGAUGCUAAAAUUGCUCCUCCGAUUUAUCCGAUUCAUGCUGUAUUCAAUUCAGACGAUAAUGACAAAAAACAGGAAACAGAAAGUAUUGUGGAGUGGUUAGAUGAUCAACCAAACUCAUCUGUAGUGUUCUUGUGCUUUGGAACCAUGGGAAGUUUUGAACCUGAGCAGGUAAAGGAGAUAGCAAUUGCGUUAGAGCGUAGUGGGCACCGGUUCUUGUGGUCCUUACGAAGGCCUCCACCAAAGGGGAAAAUAGAGAUGCCAAGCAAUUAUGACAAUUCGGAGGAAGUGCUGCCUGAAGGGUUCUUGGAGAGGACAAAAAGAAUUGGGAAAGUGGUAGGAUGGGCGCCACAAGUGACUGUACUUUCACAUCGUGCGGUGGGGGUAUUCGUGUCACAUUGUGGAUGGAAUUCGACAAUGGAGAGCGUGUGUUGUGGGGUGCCUAUUGCUGCUUGGCCCUUGUAUGCUGAACAACAGAUGAAUGCGUUUUUGUUGGUUAAGGAAUUGGGAUUGGCAGUGGAGAUUCGGAUGGACUAUGUCAAGGACUUCGAGGGGAAAAAUCCAGUUGAUGUAGUUAGUGCUGAGGAAAUUGAAGGCGCCCUACAGAAGCUUAUGGCGAAUGGUGAAGAGAAUGAAGUGAGAAAAAGAGUGAAGGAAAUGCAAGAGAAGAGCAGAAAAGCCAUGGAAGAAGGCGGAUCAUCUUAUACCUCUUUACGACUUCUAAUUGACGAUUUCAUCAGCAACAUUUCCUGAAGAUUUUCUGCAAAGUGAUCUUCACCAAUGACAGGUUUUUCUCUGGAUAUACUAUUCGAAAAAUUUAGCACUCCGAUGCUCAGAACAGAACUUUUAAAUGCAUUAUGAUCAAGGGUACAAAAGUUUUCUAUGUUGAUAUUUGUGGUUGUUGCAUAUUCAUAGUGUGCUUAAUGCGUUAAAGUUAAUAUUAGCAGUUCUAUUCCAUGAAUAUUUUGGAGUAUUGGUGACUGUUUGAUCCC